CCGCUCGACUCGACUCCCGCCCCGCAUGCCCCGCUCCCCGCUUGUCCGCGUCGGUAUUCCCUUUGUCGGCUUUAUGGUCGCCGGUCUAUACGGCGCGACGUACAUGAUGGACAAGAAGUUCGAGCGGUCGACCGCGAGCAAGACCAAUGUGACGCUCGAGGAGCGGACAAAGAGGCACGUCAAGAAGCGCAAGGUCUCCAUCGAGGAGGAGUACCAGCGCCUCCGCGAUCACGCCGCGGAAUCCGGAUCAAACUAUGAGAACAAGCCUGUGCCUCGCACAAACGCUCCGCGAUCGCUCUAGCGCAUGGCUGGCCACCGAUGCGUUGGCUGAUGCUUCAUGCGGCGCCGGGCUUCGAGGCGUGCCGGCCGGGACCUGGCUGGGCCUGCUGCGCGGACCAGAUGUGCGCUGAUGGGGCCAGGAUGCUACAGGGUGACGCAAUCAAAUGUCUUUGUCGACUCGUGAGCAUGGCGAAGAACACAUUGUCUGGGUCUUCUCGGUCUGGCUUCACACUGGACGGCGUGGAAAGCAUUGGCUGGGCGUGGGCUGGGGACCGGCGGACGGGGAACGAAGCGACGCGACAUGCCGUCGUCGCCAGCAGCGAGCGGCGGACCGGCGGCUCAACCCGCCCCCUUGUGGCGAGGCUGGCUUUGGGUAAACGCAUAGAACUCGUCUG